AUGGAAACUGAGGCCGAUUUCGGCGAGAACCACUUCGGCGGCGAGGUCUCUCUGCGUCGCCGCACAAACUCGACGUGCACCGAUGACUACAAUGUGCAGAGAACGAACGAUGAUGCCACACAGUGCAAGUAUGUGGCCGUGCAGAUGCACUACUUCGAGGACCCGUUCAUCCAUCGUUUCUUCUUCAACACGCCCGACACGCCACUUCGCCGCGAUCCCGAGAUCUCGAUCGGUUAUUGGGCUCGCAUUUCGGCGAUCAACAAAUAUGUGGACGACUUUCUGCUCGCCCACCCCGAUGGACAGAUUUUGAACUUGGGAUGCGGAUUCGAUACACUUUUCUGGCGAUUGAAAGCACUGGGCAAAGUGUUCUCCAAGGUGAUCGAGGUAGAUUUCUCGUCGGUGACCGCGCGGAAGAUUCGACAAAUUUUGAAGCCCGGCAAACCGAAUCUCGUCGAGCUAUUCAGUCAACCGCCGCAAGAGGUGCAACACUGUGAUCUACAUUGUGGAGACUACGAGUUAGUUGGAGCCGACAUUCGACAGUGGAACGAGUUGAAGGAGAAGUUGGAUUGCGCAAAGGUCGACUUCACGCUGCCAACGAUGGUGAUCACGGAAUGUGUCCUUGUUUACAUGAGCGAAGAUCAAUCGGCAAGCCUCUUGGCAAAUUUGAGAAAUUUCUUUGGAAAGAUUGUGCUCAUCAACUACGAGCAAUUGAACACGAAUGACACUUUUGGGAAAGUGAUGCAGGAGAAUUUGGCUCAACGAGGUCUUAACUUGUCCGGUUUGGCGCCAUGUGAAAGCGGUGAAAAGCAGAAAGCCCGCUUUGAAGCAGCCGGAUUUCCGCAUGUGCAAGUGCUUGACAUGUCGACGAUCUACAAAACGCAAUUGGAUCAAACGGAACGGAAACGCAUUGAGGCAAUCGAGCAUUUGGACGAGAUGGAGCUUUUGUAUCAAUUGUUGCAACAUUAUGGAAUCGUCAUCGGCAGCACCGAACCGUUGACCUCAAAU